CGCUAAACAGUUCUUCCGUUGACGAGGCAGAGGAAUUGAGCUUCGGUAGUUCUUUUUUUAUCGCUUUGAGCGUCUUUCACGGACACUGUGUUAUCGUGCACCAAGUUGAUGACUCGAUUGCGCGACGGUCAGUGAGAUAGUGCAAUAAAGGAGAUCGAAUAUUGUGAGAAAAUGUCAACGAAAGCAGCGAAGAAGACCGCGUCGACGAGCUCAAGCAGCAAUGUGCAGUCGCCACAAUUCACGUCAACGCCGAUCGGCCAAAGGCCGGGCAGUCCUUUAAGCCCGACCCGUUAUUCUCGUCUCCAAGAGAAAAACGAUUUACAGAAUCUGAACGAUCGACUGGCUUGUUAUAUUGACAAAGUACGACACCUGGAAACGGAGAAUUCCAGACUGUCGCGGGAGGUUGAAACCACCAAGGAGACUAUCACCCGCGAGGUAUCCAACAUAAAGUUGAUGUACGACCAUGAAUUAUCCGAUGCGAGAAAACUGUUAGAUGACACAGCGAAAGAACGAGCGAAACUCGAGAUUGAUACAAAACGAUUAUGGGACCACAAUGAGGAACUUAAAACCAAAUUAGAUAAAAAACUAGUGGACUUGCAAAUUGCAGAAAAAAAUUUAAUGCUGUAUGAAACACGUUACAAUGAUUUGCAGUCUCAAUAUAAUCAGUCCCAAGCAGAACGUAAAAGGCUUACUGAUAGAGAAAAAGAAUUGGAGGAGGAGGUAGAAAAGUUAAAAGAAUUAUUAGAAGAUGCUCGUAAACAUCUUAGCGAAGAAACUUUACAGCGUAUUGUUCUUGAAAAUAAUAUUCAAAGUUUGAAAGAAGAUAUUAGUUUCAAAGAUCAAAUUUACCAACAAGAGUUAACAGAGACAAGGUCAAAACGACAGAUUGACAUCUCUGAGAUAGACGGUCGCCUUGCUGAACAGUAUGAAGCUAAGUUACAGCAAUCUUUGCAAGAAUUACGCGAUCAGUAUGAGGCACAGAUGAGAGUAAACAGAGAUGAGAUCGAGAUGUUAUACGAAAAUAAAAUUAAAAACUUGACAGCUCAUGCUCAGCGUAACAGCGGAGCUGCUAGUCGAGCUGUUGAGGAGUUGAGUCAAACGAAAAGAAGGGUCGAAGGCCUUAGUCAACAGAUUAAUGAGCUUGAAGGAUCCAAUAAUGCUCUCAAUGCACGAAUCAGGGAUUUAGAAAAGCUACGUGAAAAUGAGAAGACACGUUAUGCAGAAACUUUGGCAUCCUUGGAAGCAGAGUUAUCACGUCUGCGUAACGAGAUGGCUCAACAACUACAAGAAUAUCAAGAUCUCAUGGAUAUUAAAGUAGCUCUCGAUUUGGAAAUUGCCGCAUAUCGUAAACUUUUGGAGUCUGAGGAAGCCAGAUUAAACAUCAAUCCUGUACAAUCUAGUACAGCUGUAUCCAGUGGUAGAAGUACUCCUUCAAGACAUACUCCGUUAAGAGGUGGUAAACGAAAACGCACUUUGUUAGAAGAAAGUGAAGAACGCAGUAGUACUGAUUACAGUAUAACUGGAACAGCCAGAGGAGAUGUAGAAAUUACAGAAGCUGAUCCUCAAGGACGAUUUGUGAAACUUACCAAUAAAGGCAAUAAGGAAAUAGCGCUCAGUGGAUGGCAAGUUAUUCGCAAAGCUGGUUCUUUAGAAACAGUAUUUAAAUUCCAUCGUACUGCAAAGAUAGAUUCAGGUGCAACUGUAAUGGUAUGGUCAUCAGAUAUUGGUGCUACACACGAACCACCGUCAAAUAUUGUUAUGAAGGGUCAGAAGUGGUUCACAGCAGAUACUAUGACUACUACACUUCUUAACAACGAAGGCGACGAAAUGGCCACUUCGGAGUGUAAAAGACAACAGCUGUCCACAAGUGUGUCUCGACAUAGGGAAAACUUAGGUUUCAGAACUUCUGAGGAACUGCACCAUCAACAGAGAAGAUAUCUCUACCCCUAUUAAGUGAGCGACCGAAUGGUACUGAUGGGUCGAUUUAUGGCGAUCCCCAGGGAGGUGAAAUGUGCCGUCUUAUGUAAAAACAAAAAAAAAACUACAAGUCCACAAAGUAAUCUUAAGAGUUCUAACAGCACGUUUUAAAAAUGCUUGAAAGGUACAGGAAGACACUUUAUGAGAAUCUCGACGUCGAGAGAAUCGGGUUCCCAGUCUCAUCGAUACACGCAAAGGAAUUCGUAUGAAAAAUAAUGUCUUGAAUGAUAUAUAUUUUGCUUAAGAAAAUAAUAAAGAAGAGAUUAAAAAAGAGAACUCCACAACACUAUUAGUACUUUAUGCAAUAAUACCUCCAAACUUGUACACGAUUUCAGGGCAGCAGUAUACGUUUACUGGGGUUGUCACAACCGUUCAAAGGGGAAGAGAGAAAAAAAAGUACAUCGCUUGUUAUCGCCACCAAGGAACUAAAUCUAACAAAGUAAACUCGCAAAAUGGCACAAUCACAGAUGAAACUGAAAAAUUUUCUAUAUUUGUUUGCCUGUUUUUUUUUUUUUUUAAUGUCACUAAUUUAUUGGUGACUGUUUCCCAACAAAAACGAUACUCAACAUGUUGUAACUUAGAUUGUUUUGAAUUUAGCCGAAUAAUGUCUUUCGACGACAGUGGAAACUAACAA